CACAUACUGUUGGAUUCCUUCAACCAUGAUGGAUCCGUUUAAGGAGAAUGUCUAUGAGAGACCAGAAAAUAGUGAGAAUGAGUGUGAACAACCAGAGCACUCCUACCAGAAUCGGUCAUCAGGUAUGUAUGACCAGGUAACAUAUGAAGAACCUUCUGAACCUGCGCACACCUAUCAGAAUGAAUCGGACGGUACCUAUGAGGUAGCCAACGAGACAACGUAUGAAGAGCCUUCAGAGCUGGAGCAAUACUAUCAGCAUCUGUCCUCAGGUACCUAUGAAAUACCCAAUGAGUGGCCCAACAAAGAGCCCUCAGAUCAGGUUCCAGAGUACGGGAACACAAGAACUGCGGAAGAUGGAAUACCGGAUUCCCUAUCUCUGUCCCCAGAGCAGCCUCCUGCAGAAGAGAGACGAGGCAGUUCAUUUUUGAACUCAUCCUCCUCGUCCUCUUCACACAGUGAGGCUGAAGAAAAAGAGGAGAUGGAGUAUCACAGCGCUUGCGAGAUGGAAGGAGAGGAAGAAAAACACAGUGAGGAUGAGGAAUUGGAAGUCAAGGAAGAGAAGGAGGUGGUGAGAGGGGAGAACAUCACAAAGAUGAACUGUGUUGUGAGGGCUCCAGAGAUAAAAAUGGACAGGAAGGGGUCAUUAGACAGAUCUUCAACUUCUCCAUCGUCAUCAUUGGCAUCUGAGAAAAAGGAGCCUGGGAAAGAGGAAGAUGAACAUAAAAUCUGCAUUUUUGCAAAGGCUGGGAGAGAUGGGGAGAGCAUUGGAAACUGUCCGUUCUCCCAACGUCUCUUCAUGAUUCUUUGGUUGAAGGGAGUGGUCUUUAAUGUCACUACUGUUGACUUAAAAAGGAAACCAGCUGAUCUUCACAACCUUGCCCCAGGAACACAUCCACCCUUCCUUACCUUCGAGGGUAAUGUUCUCACAGAUGUCAACAAGAUAGAAGAGUACCUGGAGGAAAUGCUGGCCCCACCAAAGUAUCCCAAGCUUGCAACAAAGAAUCGUGAAUCCAAUGUUGCAGGAAAUGACAUAUUUUCCAGGUUCUCGGCUUACGUGAAAAACACAAGACCGGAGAAAAAUCGCUCAUUAGAGAAGAGUCUGAACAAAGCCCUGGCUAAACUGGAUGAGUAUUUGAUGCGAUCAAUUCCUGAUGAGGUUCAAUCUGGACAGCAUAACGGCGAAGGCGCAUCCACCCGCAAAUACCUAGAUGGUGAUGAACUGACACUUGCUGACUGCAACCUUCUUCCCAAGCUUCAUGUAGUUAAGGUGGUUUCGAAGAAAUACAGAAACUAUGACAUCCCCUCUGAAUUCAAAGGGGUGUGGCGUUACCUUGACAAUGCCUACAAGCGAGAAGAGUUCACCAACACGUGCGCAGCUGAUGUGGAGAUCGAGCUAGCCUACCAAGCAGUGGCCAAGAGGCUGGAAAAAUGAACGCACCAGAGCAAUUGCUAAUAACUCACAAUUUUAAAGAGUAUUAUAUGUGCAACUUAAACACAAAAAAAUUUCAAGACUUAUUUAUAAUUAUGUCUAAAUUCAGUAAUGUCUUAGAGUCCAAAUAAAUAUUAAAACAAGAAUACAGAAACGUGGGGCCUGAACCACUCUACGUGUCAAGUGUUAGACAGGUUGUCUUUUUGUUUGAAUUCAGCCUUUUAUAAAUAAAAGCUGAUGUAAAAACAAAAAAUACAACAAAUAAACUUAGCAUAUUCACAACAGAUGAAGCCAAGUAUGCUAGCAUGUCUAGGUAUAAUUUGAAUAUUAAUGAAAAAGAUAACAUAACUUUUGACAAAGGGAAAUCUGGAUAGCCACUAAAUAUUUAUUAACAGUACAGGGACUGGUAGUGUUUUUUCUUUUAAAAUAAACAAUAUGUGAAGCAGUAUUUUCCAGCAGUCUACAGAACAGAAGUUAGCCUAAUUAGCUAGCUUCCUAAAGCUAACAGGAUAUUGCCAUUUGAGCUGCUUGGAUUGAUAAGAACAAGUAUUAUUUUGAGCAGUUUUCAAAAAUCCCUUUUAUAUUACACUGUAUAAAAAGACACAUCAACUUAUUAAAGUAGUUUAUUUUUGCUUUAUGCCAGAAUAAUGAUAUAUGAGAAUUUCUUAUUAAUUUCUUCAAAGUCAGACAUUCACAUACACUAAAACAGUUUGGGACAGCCCAGUUAAUGAUGUCAUGGCUUUUAAGCUUCCGAUUGGUUAAUUUCACAACAGUAUGAGUCAAGUGGAGGCACAGCUUUGAAAUACUUUGGUGAGAAAUGUGCAAAUCCACUCCAUAACAAAAGCAAACAACCUUGUAAAGUUGCUCGCUGAGCUGGUAGGAGAGUGACACCAGUCUUGCUCUGACAUCCCCUGAAAGGCCACUCGGAGAGGAAGAAGCCAUUACGCAAAAAGCUACAUAAAAAGUCAAAUUACAAUUAGCAAAUACACACAACCCCUUCCUUUUUAGAAAAAUAUUCUGUGGUCUUAUAAAAUCAAUGCUUUUGGCCAUAAUGACCAUAAUUACAUUUGGAGGAAAAAGUGGGAAGCUUGUAAACCUGAGAACACCAACCUAACGAUAAAGUAAGGAGGCGGCAGCUUCCUUACUUACAUGUGGGUGCUUUGCUGUAAUAGUGCCUGGUGCCAGGAAAUUAAAGCUUGGGCACAAAUGGAUCUACCAAAUGGACAAUACCCAGAGCACAGAGUGUCCAAUCACAAAGCCCUGAUCUCAGUCCAAUAGGAAAUUGUGGGCAGUGCGGAAAAGGUAUCUGGGAGUAUGGCCGACAAGCCCAACUCUGUUACACCAGUUCUGUUACAGGAAAGUUUCCAGGAAAUUACUGUGAGAACACGGAAGGAUAUCCAAAGCAUUUGACCCACAGUCACACAGUUUAAAAUGCAAUCUGUAUUAAGAAACAGGAUGGAAACUGAAUUUGAAAAUCCCUCAUUAUUCUGGUAUUUAGCAAAUGUAAAUUCUUUUAGUGACCCUAACUAGUCUGAUUUAAUGUGAGACUGUUAGAGAAAAACAACUUUUCAACUGUCCUUUCAAUUGUAUGAUCAUUCGAAAAAUUAUGCCAGCAGGAGGUUUUUUUCAACAAGCUAUGGAAGAGUAAUUUUAAAGAAAUUGUUAAAACUAAACAUUUGGUUGAUUAUCUCAGAGCUACUUUUUAUUUGCAUAAGGACAACAUCCUGUCUGGGAUGGAAAUUAGUAUUCUAGAGAGGCAAUGCUCUUUAGAAAUAUACAUCAUUUUUUAGCAGAAAUAUAUUUGUACUGUUGAUCAAAAAAUGAUCAUAAGCAUUUUUUUUUAAAACAUUUGAUAAGUAGUUUAGUAGCCAGUUUCGGAAACAAGACUGGGUACAUCUCUAACAUUGCAGAUCACUGAACCUGAAAUGAUAUGAACAGACAGCUUUCUGUAAAUGAUUUGUAGGUUUGCUUUCUACAUUGUGGGAUGUUGUGAAAAAAAGAAAUAAAAUAUUGUGAUCAGGCCAAAGUAGUUGAAGCAGCGGUAGCUUUGCUAGCUUAUUACAUGUCCUAUUCCCCACUUUCCAUUUAGUUAGGACCAUUCACUACAGUUUACAGCCCAUACUGACACCCUUAUUACAAAAUGCCAGGCUGACUUUCAUCAUUAUCUAUCUCUACUUGGAGGCUCAAACCACUCAGCUAGUCUAUGAAGUUAACCCCUAGAAGAAGAAGCAUGCCUACAAAAUGAACAAAGCACCUGAGCAUACCCUGUCCUGUCAUUUAAUGUGGUAUUAUGGGAUUUAGUAUACAGUGUUGGAAGAGAAAUCUUCUGAUCACAAGUGCCUUAGUGGGAAUCAAGCUCACUUCUACUGUACCUUCAGCUUUUUGUGUCUGUACAGUACAUUUUGUGUAUUUUAAUGUAUUAAGAAAGAUUUUCCACAUUGGAUUUAUUUUGCUCUAUGUAGCUGUGUGUGAUGUUUAUAUAAACCAUAAAAUGUAGCUCAAGAUUUGAAAAAAGGUUAUAUAUGUAAAUCGUCAGCUUCUAUAUCCAUGUUCUUUCUUAUGAUUAGAAUUGUAAACCCGUUGGGUUUACUGUUUUCCUUAUUUCGAUAAUAAAACUAUUUUCUCAGACUGGG